UCCUCUCCUCUCGGCUUGGCCAUGGCGAGAGCUCAGCUUCCAUGGAGCUUCUUCUUCUUCUUCUUCUGGAAGAACAUGCAGGCCCGAGUGACCUACGUGCACAUGAAGUACCUGUUCUUCUCCUGGCUGGUGGUCUUUGUGGGCAGCUGGGUGAUCUACGUGGAGUAUUCUUCUUACACUGAGCUGUGCCGCGGACAUCAGUGUACAAAAUCCAUGUGCAGCAAAUACAGGAAAGGCAUCGUGGACGGCUCAGCCUGCAGCGGCUUGUGUGAGAAGGACACUUUAUACUUGACCAAGUGUUUCUCCACAGAGGCUGACAACCAGGUGUAUUUGGGUACCUGGGGCGACCUGGAGGGGGUCAUCAAGUGCCAGCUGGAUGAGGCUCCUCGUUAUGAUUUGGCUGGUGACAUGGAGCCCAGGAAGGAAGCUGCCGCCUUUGACAAGCCUACCAAAGGGACAUCAGUGGAGAGGUUCAGGGAGAUGAUCCUCACCCACCUGAAGGCCAAAGUGGGGGACGACCAGGCCAAUCUAGGCGACCUUGCCACGCGGGCAUUGACAGCAGCUGAUGCCAACAAGGACGGCCACAUCUCGCUGGCCGAGGCACGGUCCUCCUGGGCUUUGCUGCAGCUCAAUGAGUUCCUGCUGGCACUAGCCCUCCAAGACCGAGGCCACAUGCCCAAAGUUCUGGGCUUCUGUGGAGAUCUGUACAUGAUGGAGAAGGUGCCUCACUCUCCCUUGUAUGGCCUGAGUCUGCCCUGGGUCAUGGAGGUGUGGAUGCCUGGAGGUCUGCGUCGCAGCAUGGACCAAUGGUUCACACCAGCCUGGCCGCACAGAGCAAAGAUCUCCAUUGGGCUGCUGGAGCUGGUUGAAGACCUUUUCCAUGGCACCUUUGGCAGCUUCCUCAUGUGCAACCUGAGCCCGUCCAGCUUUGGCUACACAAAGCGUCACGACCUGAAGGUGGUGGACGCGCGGCACAUCAUCCCGGAAGCAACAUUCCAGGAGGAAAUCAGACAGCAGAGGUGCGACACAGACAAUGAUUGUCUGUACGGCGUCGACUGCCUGACGUCCUGUGACCUCACCAAGCACCGCUGCACAACGGAGGUCACAAAGCCAAACUUGGCCAAAGCCUGCGACACCCUUAAGGACUACAUCCUGCGUGGGGCACCCUCGGAUAUACGCGAGGAGCUGGAGAAGCAGCUGUAUGCGUGCAUGGCGCUCAGAGGGUCGGCUGAGCAGACUGAGAUCGAACACUCACUCAUCCUCAACAACCUGAAGACGCUGCUUUGGAAGAAGAUCUCCAACACCAAAGACUCCUAACAUAAUCCCAAAUGUUUCCAGACUUGUGACGAGAUGGUGUAGAACUGACCAUCUUAAGGACUGGACUAGUGUUACAGUUUGGGGAAUCCAUUUGGAUUCUACCCUGCUGCAGUGGUUUCAACACUGGAAGGUCCAUGAACAGGAGAACUUGACCCAUAGAGGAUAUUCCAUGACUUCUCCCCAAGAUUUUACUCAAUGACCUCAUUUAUUUAAAACCAGAAAUAAGCCUGCCUUGAGGACAUUGUAAAGUUGGAUGAAAGCAGGACAGAAUGGAAUGUUUUCCAUAGAUUUAUUAGAACAAAAUUUCUGCAAAAGACCGGAGCAGAGCAAGGCCUCACUCUGCUUCCUCCUUCUCCUGAGCCCGAAGGAAGCUGGCUUUCUUCUGGGCGACGCGGUCUUUCCUCUGGGCCAGAGACAGCUUGGCACGGUUCCACCUGCAUUACAAACAUCCCAUUGGCAUCAGUAACAACAACAGGUGUAUUUUUAUUUUUUUGGAGGCGGUGUUGCUCACCUCUUCUUCUUGACCUCUCUGGGAGGUUUCUUUUCAUGGACUGGGUUCUCUCGAAUGGCAGCAUGAGCCUUUUUGUACAUUUCCUCAAUCUAAAACAAAACCACUCAAGACUCAGGAGGAGGUACUGGGCUUUUGGGUCGAGGUGUGACAAGAUCACCUACCAUAUCAGGAGUCACGCCGUUCUUGAUGAAGCGGGAGAACUGCUUCUUGUAGGCCUCCUCGUCCUCCUCCAUCAGGUAGCUCAUGUACUCUGACACGUUGAUGCCCAGGAUGUGUUUGCGAUGGACCUCAGCAUUGAACUCCUUGCUCUCUGUGUCGUAUCCUGGGAAGCGCUUGGUGCUGAGGAGGGAAAAUACCUUCCAGUUAAAUCCAAGUACUUACUAUGUACAGCUUUCUGAUCACCAUUCUCACCAACACGCACACUGAAUACAAUAACUUCAAGAACAAAUCUAUCAAAAACUUUCAGGUCAACAUCUUUCUGCUCAAACAGUAAAACUAAACGAUAGGACCUCUGACAGGCAGGAAGAUGCAAAGACGUGCUGGUUUGAGGAAAUCACAAGUCCAAGUAAUGCACCCAAAUAUGUUAGUAUCCUGCAUGCCAACACAUUAAAGAUUACCACUGUACUUUUGAAAAUGUUGCAGGUAAUCUAGAGCCUAAGGAACUUGUUUCUAUGACGCUAUCGAGUCAUGAAGAAACAAAUUGGGACUAGUGGACACUAAUAUCAAGGUCUGUGUCUAAUGCAGCAAUUGUGCUUGGAUAAGACAUUUAACAUAAGUUUGGUCAAGUGUGGAGUUACUACAGCCUGUGAUAGGACUGCUUGGAACACAGCCGCUGUUCAACUCCGUUUCACUCACCAGCGCUAACAAGUGACACUGACAUCGAGUGGGGUAGGAUUGGAAAAGGUUUAUAAUGUGUCUUUGUCUCAAUAUCCCAUGUUACACACACAAACAUUUUUUUUCUCAAUUUAGUGGCUGUAUCUUAAAUUCAGGUGCUAGUCAGGAAUUAUGGGUAUAUUGUCCUGUCUUACACACCACUUUUAAAGCUAAAUUUGAUUGGAGACUGUACUGAUGCAUUCAAAAUGAUUUGAUAAAAAUAAAACAUUGGACAACUAUUAGCUCAAGACAGCCAUUCUUUACAUACUAUGUACAAACUAUACAUAUACAAAGCGCCAUGUGGCCCUUUAACUAGAUGCAAUACAAAAGCUCCAUCAACCAGUGCCUUCAAAGACACCGCUCCGUUUUGAUUGAUACCGUCCUAUGAAUUGAACACAUAGCCAGAGUAACCGUAGAGUUGUACAGUAUGUUGAAAUGAAUCAAAAACUACUUCAAUGUGUGGAGAGGCAGAUUGUUGAAUUGGGAGUCAAACAGUGCAUGUGGCCAUGUGAUGUUGGUGCAGGUGCAACGAACGGAGGGCCGAAGUCCAACUAGUUAUUCAUACAGACUAGAAAAGUGGGUCAACAGAGACCAUUUUGAGACAUUCCAUGAGAUUAUUUUUAACUUGGCCCCGACUUAAAACACCUCAACAGAAGAUUCUCAAACGUGACAUACAACCCUUUAACAAAAACACUACUGUACAAAUUGUCAAAACAAUCCCGAGCGUGAUGAGUCAGUUUCACACAGGCUGUCCUACUUUAAAACUCCCCAGGGAAUGGACCAAAAAAGCCAUGUAGAGUAGGAGUCAAAUAAAUCUUGCCGUUUCCAAGAGAUGUAUCAUCAGAUCAAGAUAAAUUGCCGGCAAACCAUGUCCUAAAAACACUUGAGCGCAGCUGACCUGUGAGGGAUGCUCAGGCCUCCAUCCACGGCACCUUUUAGGGCUCCAAACACCUUGUUGCCUGUGGUGGUCCUGGCCAGCCCGGCAUCCAGGUAGCAGGUGAACGCACCCGGCUGCCCAUCGACACUCUCCACGUUGAACUCAUCGCCAGUCACCUCCACCUGUCCUUCGUACACUUUGUCCAGGCCAAACUUGUUCAGAAGCUGAGGAUGUGUGGGAGAAGAAAACGUUAAACUUUUCAAACAGCCAAGCAGAAAGUACACUUAAAUAAACUACCAGAACUGUUAUACGAACGAUGACUACAUUGAAGUGGAAACAUGCACUGAAUUAAGACACAAUUUGUUUAAAAACAAAGAUGUGCAAUGUUUGACAAUUAGGACUAGUGUCAAGUGGGUAAAAACGUCCAUCUGGACCAAAUGUGCAAGAUCCCUGCUUUUUAUAGGGAUGACCUUCCAGGUCCACCAGGAAAUCACGAAAACAACGCAAGCGAUUAACACACCCAUAGAAGUGCAAACAUCUCACACACCCAUACACAGAUUGCCGAUCCCCUACAAACCUU